GGCUUUCUCUAAUGAUAAUCAAGGCCAAAACGACGUCUCUGAAACCUCGGUUUGUCUCCUUUCUCUGACUCCCGUUCCUCACUUCCUUUCCAAAAAAGCUUACUCGUUUUUGAGUACUUCGCUGAGCUAUAAAAGGUAUGGGUAGAGGGAAAAUAGUGAUAAGGAGGAUCGAUAACUCAACGAGUAGGCAAGUAACUUUUUCGAAACGAAGGAACGGAUUGUUGAAAAAAGCUAAGGAGCUUGCGAUCUUGUGUGAUGCUGAAGUUGGAGUAACGAUCUUCUCCAGCACUGGAAAGCUCUACGAUUUUGCUAGCACCAGCAUGAGAUCUAUAAUUGAGCGAUACAACAAAGCAAAGGAGGAACAUCAGCAACUGGGGAGCCCAACCUCAGAAGUCAAGUUCUGGCAAAGGGAGGCAGCAAUUCUAAGACAGAAAUUGCAAAACCUGCAAGAAAAUCACAGGCAAAUGAUGGGUGAAGAACUUUCUGGAUUGGGUGUAAAAGAGUUACAGAAUUUGGAGAGCCAAUUGGAAAUGAGCCUUCGCGGUGUUCGUAUGAAGAAGGAUCAAAUUUUAAUGAAUGAAAUUCAAGAAUUGAACAGAAAGGGGAACAUAAUUCAUCAAGAAAAUGUGGAACUCUAUAAGAAGGUAAACCUAAUUCGUCAAGAAAACAAUGAAUUAUAUAAGAAGGUUUAUGGAACAAGGGAUGUCGAUGGUGCAAACAAAGACUCCCUUCUUACAAAUGGUUUAGGCAUUGGAGAGGAUUCACAAGUUCCAGUUUGUCUCCAGCUGUGCCAGCCACAGCAACAAAGCUAUGAAACACCAACAAGAGCUACAAACUUGGGGUACAUCCCACUCUAUAUGUUAGAUUUUGAUUUAAUGCAGAUUUCUUUGCCCCAAUUUGAUGUACACCUUUUUUCAUGGUAACUGCAGCAGACUGCAAUUGCAGUAGCAAAAGCAGAUGUACAGAAAUGGGAUUGGAUGUCACUCGACUUCUAUCAACAAAUAUCUCAUGGUUCCAAAAGUUAUGCUUUUCAUAGUAAGAUGUGGUAUGUUAAAACCACCAAUCAUUCAGCAAACAUUGGUUUGAAAUGUUUAAACAAAUGAACUUUAGCAUGUGUGUGAUGAUCAAGAAAACCAUCUAGUUAUGUAAAGAUAAUUUAAGCUAAUAAAUAAAUAUAAAUAUAUAAGGAGGAGAAA